CAGUGAGGAGGGCGUGGCCUGCGGUAAAUUAAGCAGUAAACUGCGGAUGGGAGAAGCAGAGAGAAACCGCACUUCUUCAUCCAUCCGUGCAGCUUUACCUUUCGCCUUCAUCACUCUUCUAAAAUGUUGAGGUUGGACGUUCUGGCCCCGCUUCUCCUCCUCUCCAUCCUGUUGCCGGGCUACGGUUGCCGGGCGGCGGACAUUCCAGAGGACACUACAUCAGAGUUCUCCUUCAGACUGUACCACCAACUGCAGGCGGAGGGGGGUCAGGAAAACAUCAUUUUUUCGCCUCUGAGUGUGGCGCUUUCCCUGGGCAUGGUGGAGCUGGGAGCCAGAGGGGCCUCACUGGAAGAGAUACGACAGACUGUGGGAUUCAGCAGCCUGCUUCCUGGCGUGGAGUUCUCUCUGCUCCAGAACCUCACAGCAGCUCUUCUGGAUGACGACACCCACCACGUGAUCCGAUGCGCAAACAGCCUCUUCCUGCAGGAAGGCGUCUCCUUUAACCCGGAGUUCCUGCACCUGGUGAAGAAAUACUUCCGAGCCGAGGCGGAGACGGUGGACUUCAGCGACUCCACGGCAGUUGCCGAUCAGAUCAACAGCUGGGUGGAAAACCACACAGAGAGUAAAAUCAGGUCUCUGCUGUCAGCCGAGGACUUCAGCAGCGUGACGCGCCUGACGCUGGUGAACGCCAUUUACUUUCGGGGCUCCUGGAAGAACCAGUUCAGACCAGAGAACACCAGGACCUUCUCCUUCAGCAGAGAUGACGGCUCUGAAGUUCAGACCCUCAUGAUGUAUCAGCAGGGAGAUUUCUACUACGGUGAGUUCAGCGAUGGCUCGCAGGAAGCUGGUGGUGUGUACCAAGUCUUGGAAAUGCCCUAUGAAGGAGAGGACAUGUCCAUGAUGAUUGUGCUGCCACGCCAGGAGGUGCCACUGGCCUCGCUGGAGCCCAUCAUCAAGGCUCCUCUGCUGGAGGAAUGGGCUAACAAUGUCAAGCCACAGAAGGUGGAAAUCUACUUACCCAGGUUUAAGGUGGACCAGAAGAUGGAUCUGAGGGACACUCUGCAGGAGCUGGGAAUCAAGAGUAUUUUCACCACUGAUGCUGAUCUCUCCGCCAUGACAGAUGGGAAGGACCUGUACAUCGGAAAGGCUGUGCAGAAAGCUUAUCUGGAGGUGACCGAGGAGGGGGCAGAGGGAGCUGUUGGCUCAGGAAUGAUUGCCCUGACCAGGACUUUGGUGUUAUACCCACAAGUCAUGGCCGAUCACCCGUUCUUCUUUGUCAUCAGGAACAGAAGGACAGGCUCGGUCCUCUUCAUGGGCAGAGUGAUGACCCCUGAGGUCGUGGAGCCCUAUGACAGCUACUUUGACUCCAUUUAACCCAAUGACCAGGGCGCUCCCUGUCAGCCAAUUAGAUCCUGGCAUCACAAAAGCUACCUAUUCUCUACCACCAUCUCUAACUGUGUUUUAUACUCUUGACAAGAUGAUAUAACCAAAUAUUAUAUGAUGAAUUAAAUAUAAACAUCUUUGUAAUUACAAUAUAUUGCCAAAGGUGUUCGAUCCUCCA